GGGCGGGGCGGAGCGGCGCCGGCCGCUUCCUUAGGAAGAUGGCGGCAGUGCGGGUGCUGAGGAGCUGGAGCCGGGCCGCCGCGCCUCUGAUCUGUGUCCAUCAUAUUAGAUCAUGCAGUAGUAUCCAUCUCGUAAAGCCAAAAUAUAUUUGCCUCUUCAGUAAGUCAUCUUUCAAAUUGAGUCUUCCACGUCGACUGCUGAGGACAACUGCUGCCGUAGAUGGACAAAUAGUCCAGUUUAAACUCUCAGACAUCGGAGAAGGGAUUACAGAAGUAACAGUGAAAGAAUGGUAUGUAAAAGAAGGAGAUACUGUAUCUCAGUUUGAUAGCAUCUGUGAAGUUCAAAGUGAUAAAGCCUCAGUCACUAUUACAAGUCGUUAUGAUGGCAUUAUUAGGAAACUUCACUAUAAUGUAGAAGAAACUGCAAAUGUGGGGAAGCCAUUAGUAGAUAUAGAAACGGAAGCUGUGAAAGAUGGAGCAUCUGAAGAAGAUGUUGUUGAAACCCCUGCUGUAUCCCAUGAAGAACAUACACACCAAGAGAUUAAGGGUCACAAAACACUAGCAACUCCUGCUGUUCGUCGUCUAGCCAUGGAAAAUAAUAUAAAAUUGAGUGAAGUUAUUGGUACUGGAAAAGAUGGCCGCAUCCUUAAAGAAGAUAUUCUCAAUUAUUUGGCAAAGCAAACUGGAGCUAUUUUACCAUCACCAAAGUCAGAAAUUACUCCAGCUUUACCAAAACCUAGCUCAGUACAAACUCCACCGAAAGAAAAAACAAUUACUCUUCCAAUUUCAAAGCCUGUAGUGUUCACAGGCAAAGACAGAACAGAGCCUUUAACAGGCUUCCACAAAGCUAUGGUCAAGACCAUGACCGCAGCAUUGAAGAUUCCUCAUUUUGGAUACUGUGAUGAGAUAGACCUUUCCCAGCUCGUUCAACUACGAGAAGAGUUAAAACCUCUGGCACUAGCUCGAGGUAUUAAACUGUCGUAUAUGCCCUUUUUCCUAAAGGCUGCAUCUCUGGGAUUAUUGCAUUAUCCUAUCCUUAAUGCUUCGGUGGAUGAAAACUGCCAGAAUAUAACAUACAAGGCCUCUCAUAAUAUUGGAAUUGCCAUGGAUACCGAACAAGGGCUUAUUGUCCCUAAUGUGAAAAAUGUUCAGGUCUGUAGUGUGUUUGAAAUUGCUGCAGAAUUGAAUCGCCUACAGAAAUUGGGCUCUGCCAAUCAGCUGGGAACCACAGACCUCACAGGGGGAACAUUUACCCUUUCCAACAUUGGAUCAAUUGGUGGGACCUAUGCCAAACCAGUGAUUUUGCCACCUGAAGUAGCAAUUGGAGCUCUUGGCACAAUCAAGGCUCUGCCCCGAUUUAAUGAGAAAGGUGAAGUCUUUAAAGCACAGAUCAUGAAUGUGAGCUGGUCAGCUGAUCACAGAAUUAUUGACGGUGCUACAAUGUCCCGCUUCUCUAACUUGUGGAAAUCCUACUUGGAAAAUCCAGCAUCUAUGCUGCUAGAUUUGAAAUAAGAAUGGUGAUCCAACUCCUCCUUGAACUUUCUGGGACUCAAAAGAAUAUAUAAAAGCUAGCUUUAUAUAUAUAUGUAAAAGUAUAUAUAAAAGCAGGCAUUUAUUCUUCAUUACAACUGACCUUAUAUUGUGUGGAUAAGAUUCCAAGGUACAAUAUCCAUUUAUCACUAAAUUGUUACAGUAUUUUUAAUUAAAAUGGUUAGGUUUAUUGUAAUUCUUCUGAGGCUGUCAAAUUUUAUAGGUCAAAGUAUAGGUUUUUACUGUGGUGCUGAGAAAUUUUAGACUUCUGACAUCUGGCAGCAGCUAGACUGAAAGGCUAAAACCCAUAUCUGCACUAUAUUUUUUGGUAAACAAACUCUUAGUGGGCUUCCCUGUUGACUCCUGGUUGGGAAAGGGCGUUUAUAUACAAGAAUUCUUUUCAACUUCCUAAUGGUCAUUAUGCAAAUUUUUGUAUAAAGUGCAUUUCUAUUUAUUGAUGCCCAAUAUAAUUUUGUUUAGUAGUC